AUGACAAGCCAUGAAAAUAAACCAUUUCCAAAUGUAAACAUACUUGGUUUAAAACUCUACGAUUUCGUUGAGAAUUCCGCUAAUAAAUAUUUUCCCAAUGUUGGUACAUUAUCAUUAAAAUCAAAAUUGCCGUCUAAUGUAUCCACGGAUAAAUUACUUGACGAUUUAUCAGAAAUCUGUUCAUUAUCAAAUUUAAAAUCGCUGAUAUUGAUCGAUGCUACGUAUCCAACGGAUUUUCUGGUUAAACUAUUUAAGAAAACAUCACAAAUAUAUUCCUUACGUUGUUCUUCCAAAAUUCUAUCAAAAAUGUCCAAUGAUCUUGAUCAAUUGAAACAUAUUGUAAAGCGUUUGUAUAUUGAGUCAUAUGAAGAAGAUAACUCGAAGAUGAUGAAGAAAUUAUGUUUGGCAUUGAUUAAUCUUGAAUAUUUGUCAGUCAAUAUGAUCAAUGGAAAUGAUUUAUACUUACUAUUAUCUGUUAUACUACGAACUAUGACAAGGCAAAAGUUAAAUUCAUUAACGAUUCAAUUAAAUUAUGAAAAAUUUGAAUCAUUAACGCUAAUGUCAUGGUUAAACGAUUAUAUUUCUUUAAAUUCAAUUCAAUGUGAAAUUGAGCAUGAACCAAGUAGUAAUUGUUUAGACAUACUAUUCAAUGAUAAACUUUCACGUUUUUGUUGCGAUGAUAUCGCAUUGUAG